UCAAAUGAUAACAACGUAAUUUUUGACCAGGGUGUCUAUCUCUGAUUAAAUUUUUUCUUAAGGUAGAGUGAUAAUGAAGCGAAACACUUCAUGCCUCGAAUAUACACAACAAAGACAUUGUACUCAAGCUAAAGGGAAGGUCAUGUAUAGUCCUCAUCCUUCACCUCAAAGCAUUGACCAAAAAUUACAAAAUUCCACGGCAUUGUUCCUCUGUUUUUGUCGUGAAAUAUACAGCAAGACGGCGAAACAGACUUCAAAUAGCAAAUAUAAAUUUCGCAAACUUUCUCGAAUGGAUACGUCAAAUAACCAAUGAGCCGUGAAAAUGCAUGUGUUGAAGUUGCAAAUCCAAUAAAUCAAAUUAUUCCAGCGUAACUUUGUGGUCUUACGAAUUGACCUUAAGUACAUCCUAAAAUAUGUCAUAGUUCUAUCCGUCGAUUUCGAAAUAUUUCACUAUGCUAUAAAAGAUCUAUUCACUUUUGAGCAUUCAUCUAUCUGUUGAGUUCGAGUAAAGUUAAGCAAUUAUGACGGUUCUCACUUUUCUUGUUGUUUUUCCUUUGAUUAGUGCAGCUUCGAUCGAGAAAAAAUCAAUGAUUGUGAAGCGCUCAGAAUUUGGAGACCAAAAAGUUUCCGCAUCGGGGUAUACAUUUCUAUCCGAUGAAAACGGACCAAUCAAAUACUCCAGCUAUAGGCUCUCUAAUGGAAAUAUACAAAAAGUUCCCUUUGGAUAUUUCGGACCUCAACGAAUUCUUGGAAAGCCAAUAACUACCGGAACAGGACCCUACACCUAUUUCGAUGAUGGUUCGUUAUCUCACAGCCAGCUUUAUCACAACCAUCCCAUUUAUCAUCAAGGCUUGCAUCUAAGGCCCGGUUUACCAUCAGAAUAUAGCUUACCUCUAUACAGAAACGCAUUGUACAAAAACAACUUACACGGUGGAAAUUAUGCCUACUCUAAUCAAGAUGGUCGCACUUUUGACCUAGCAAACAACUCAGUCAAAGGCGCUAAGGCACAGAAGGGCUAUGAAAAUGAAGCAAACUACGUCGACACCUCUAAAGGAAAACAUCUAGAAGAUGAACAUCAAGAGAAGUACAUCGAAAAGGGGGCCAAGACUGAUAAUAAGGAGGAAAAUUCAGGAUAUCAUUCAAAAGCUUCUGAAGCAGCGAAAGGAUCUCGAGGUAGCUCGUUCGGAAAAUCUGAUGGUCACAGAAAAGGAUCCAAAACAACAGGUUACCAUAAGGUUCAUCAUAAAGACGAAUACAAAAAAGAACACAGUUUCUACGAUGAGAAAGACAGCAGUGGCCAUCAUAAUGUGUAUGAUGAAAACGAUUCAAAAUAUGAAAAAGAAAGUGGUAAAUUCGAAAACGGGAAACUUAGUGAUGCUGGCCAUCGAGAGUCCGAAUAUUCCUUGAAGGAUUUGAAGGACCAAGGCAAAUAUUUGAAAGAGAAUGAUGGAAGCCAAAGGGAAGAGGGAAAAUCGGCGCAUUUCGAAAAUAACGAAGAUUAUGUACAAAAAAGGGGAAAGCUAUACCAAGACGAAAACGGUUACGCUGUUAGUGAUUCGGAAUGAAAUUUAAAGAAUUAAUAAUUGGUUUACACUCAAUGAACUUCCCCUAGAAUAAUUACUAGUCGCAAAUGAAUUGUUAAAAUAUAUUAUCUCUUUAAAUCUUGUUAUGUUUACACUGAAUAAAGAAAUAUG